AUGCUGUUCUUCACCGUCUUUACCUUCUUUUUGACAUUGCUCUCCACUGUCCUCAGUCAACCAAUCGAUGACAUUUUACCUCGCAGCCUCGGAGCCGUCAAGAUUGUCAACAGUCUACCCGCCCCAAUUUAUGCCUGGUCAGUGGCCGAUAAAGAAGGCAGCAUGCAUACGCUUUCUGCUGGGGGUGGUACGUACGAGGAAGUAUGGCGUGUGAAUCCAAAGGACAGCCGCAUUUCCAUCAAAGUCUCAACAAAGCCUGACCUAAAAGCAAACGAUGUCAUACAAUUCGAGUAUGAAAUGAACGGCGACAAAGUCGAUUGGGAUGUCUCAUGUGCUGACCUCCAACUACCCUCUGAAUUUACCACGCGUGGCUUUUCUGUUCAGCCCUCAUCCAAAGACUGCCCCUCCAUCAGAUGCGCCCCCGGCGAUGAGCACUGUUCUCAAGUUCAUCCUUGGUCAGAAGCAACUCAUAGCUGCCUUCUAGUUACGUCCUUGACAUUCAAGCUUUGA